AUGGUCCCAGAGCAAGGCCCCGCCAAUCACAGCACCCCGGACUGGGGCUCGGGGCCGCCGCGGGCCCCCGGGGGCAGCGGCUGGGGGGCCGCCGCGCUGUGUGUGGUCAUCGCGCUGACGGCGCUGCCCAUCGCGCUCAUCUGCGCGCAGCCCGCGCUGCGCAGCACGCCCAGCUUCUUCCUGGUGUCGCUCUUCACGUCGGGCCUGAUGGUGGGGCUGGCGGUGAUGCCGCCGGCCAUGCUGAACGUGUUGUGCGGCCGCCGGGCGCUGGCGCGGGGCCUCUGCCUGCUCUGGGCCGCCUUCGACGCCAUGUGCUGCAGCGCCUCCAUCCUCCACCUCUGCCUGAUCAGCCUGGACCGCUGCCUGCUCACCCUCUCGCCGCUGCGCUACAAGCUGCGCAUGACGCCCGCGCGCGCGCUGGCGCUGGUCCUCGGCGCCUGGGGCCUGGCCGCGCUCGCCUCCUUCCUGCCCCUGCUGCUGGGCUGGCACGAGCCGGGCCGCGCGCCGGCACCCGCGCCGGGUCAGUGCCGCUUGCUGGCCAGCCUGCCCUUCGUCCUCGUGGCGUCGGGCCUCACCUUCUUCCUUCCCUCGGGCGCCAUCUGCUUCACCUACAGCAGGAUCUUGCUGGCCGCCCGCAAGCAGGCCGUCCAGGUGGCGUCCCUCUCCACCGGCGCUGCCGGCCAGGCCUUGGAGACGCUGCAGGUGCCCAGGACCCCACGCCCAGGGGUGGAGUCAGCUGACAGCCAGCGUCUAGCCAGCAAGCAUAGCAGGAAGGCCUUGAAGGCCAGCCUGACCCUGGGCAUCCUGCUGGGCAUGUUCUUUGUGACCUGGCUGCCUUUCUUUGUGGCCAACAUAGUCCAGGCCGUGUGUGGCUGCAUCUCUCUGGGGCUCUUUGACGUCCUCACGUGGCUGGGCUACUGCAACAGCACCAUGAACCCCAUCAUCUACCCUCUCUUCAUGCGGGACUUCAGGCGGGCCCUGGGCAGGCUCCUGCCGUGUCCCCGCGGCCCCCGGGAGCAGCAGCCGGGCCUCACCUCGCCCUCCGUGCGGACCCCUCACAGCAGCGCGCGGCCCGGCCUGAGCCUGCAGCACGUGCUGCCCCUGCCGCCAGACUCGGACUCGGGCUCGGGCUCGGGCUCCGGGGGCUUUCCUGGCCCGCGGCUCACGGCCCAGCUGCUGCUGCCUGGCGCGGCCACCCGGGAUCCACCCCCUCCUGCCAGGGCCACUACUACCGUCAACUUCUUCAGCAUCGAUCGCACGGAGCCUGAGCUGCGGCCGCAUCCGCCUGGGACCCCCACGAACUGA